AAUAAUCGCUGAAAAGUCUAUGCAGAAGUUUAUGAUACUCAUUUAACUAUUUAAUCAUGUCGUGAGAAGUUAUCCACAGACACAUGGAAUAUUACAUUUGGGCUCUAAGGUCUCUUCAGAAUAAAACGCGGACCCGGCCGCUAUCCCGGCCGCUAUCAUGGCCGUUUGGAUGGUUAAGGCCAAAGAGCUUCUACACUAAUUGCACCUCUCAGACACGACCAGAAAUCUCUUGAAAUGGCGACCAGUGACGGGAAGAAGAUAAUGUGUGUUGGUCUAUGUUGUGUGGACAUUAUUAGCGUGGUACAGUCCUUUCCUGUAGAGGAUACGGAUCAAAGGUCAUUGGAUUAUUAUUGGCGAAGAGGGGGCAAUGCUGCUAAUAGCACAACUGUUCUUGCUUUGCUGGGGAGUAACGUAGAAUUCAUGGGGACCCUGGUCAAAAGUCAGGAAUAUGGGUUUUUGAAAACAGAUUUUGAAGCUUUCAACGUAAGUAUAGGGAACUGUGCAGUGUAUGAUGAGGGCAACAUCAGAUGUCCUGUUGCCGUGGUUAUAGUCAACAAACAAAAUGGAUCCCGAACAAUAAUGGCUGCUUUAAACAAUAUUGCCGAGUUAAGAUAUGAAGAUUUUGAAAGGGUGUCUUUGGAAAAUUACAGGUGGAUUCAUUUUGAGGGAAGGAACAAUGUAGACACCAUAAAGCAAAUGAUACAGAGGAUUGUGACGUACAACGAACGUGUGCCGGUGGAUGAAAAGGUUCGAAUCUCCCUAGAACUAGAGAAGACCAAAAGAACAGAUUUAAUUCCCCUGAUGACACAGCCGGACUAUGUGUUUGUGAGUAAAGAAUUCGCAGCUGCUCAAGGGUAUCGGAGCAAGGAGGAGGCAGUGUCUGGAAUGGUUCACAAAUGCAAGCCAGGUGGAGCAGUUAUUUGCGCAUGGGGUGAAGAUGGCGCUGCAGCAAAGACAACAACAGAUGACGUCAUUACAUCAAGUAUUUUCCCGCCAGAAAAUCUCGUUGACACUCUGGGAGCAGGCGACACUUUCAAUGCAGCAACAAUAUAUGCUUUAAGUAAAGACAGAACAUUGCAAGAAGCAGUAACGUUUGGAUGUAAAAUUGCCGGCGCAAAGUGUGGAGUAGUCGGCUAUAAGGGAAUUAAAGGCUUACAAACGUUGUUGUGAUAUUCAGUUUAUAACUAAGACUUGUAAUAUACUGAAUUUUAUGUAGAUCUAUAGGUCAAUAAAUGGAAUAGCGGUGCAUUUGAGUGAAAUAAUAGCCCGGCUGUUAUCUUCUUCCAGGGCAUUUUCACACAAAGGCACCGCACUUAAUGUAUUUGCCUGUUUAUUACAUGUUUACCUAUAAUAUAGUAAAUACAUAAAAUACAAUCUGGAAUACAUGCUGUUAUAAGAUAGGCAAAUAUCAUUCAUCAUUCAUUUCUGAUUCAGUGGAUGCAUUGUCACAUAACCAUGCAUCUGUUAUCGACCGGGAAUUACAAAAGCCACCCAGUUGAUAUGUUUUGAGAAUGUCAAUUAUGUUAUGUGAGUUAUAAAGAUGGCAAAAUAAUAGAUUGGAAACUAGAAAAAUGAAUGUAUACAUAUUGCCAGCACAAUUAAAGAUAUUUUCUCCCUGACUUAAUAUAUAGUUAUGGGGCACAAUGGACAAGUCACCUGCUUCUGGUUCACGAAGGCUUGAUAUCCCACUGAUCAAUGCAUUGUUCAUUUCAUCAUUGAAUAUUACUGAUAUAAUUAUAUAUCAAUUUUUAUUUCAUUUUGUUAUGUUUUAAUGUUUUGUAAGUAAAAAAUUUGUUUUCAAGCAUUAAAUAAUUCUUAGACAAUCGAUAACUUGAAACUUUUAUUGCCUUGUUCUGUGGUACCUAUUUUUAUAUUAUGAUAGCAGUAUUAGGCAGUUUAUAUCCACUACUAAUUAGGUUUUGAUUAAGUAAUGGAUUUGUUUGAAACUUUUUAUUUUAAACACAAUUGAUUAUUUGCAUUUAAUUGUAAUUGUGUUCACUGAAUGCUAAAUAUAAGUCGGAUAUUCACUGUAGGUAUAUUUUAAACAUGUUUUUCCCAUCCUAUGUUGCCCAACCAAGAUAGGGUUAUUUUAUCAUAAGUAUAAAUUUAAUUGAUAUAUAUUGCCUACAAAAACGAUAUGAAUAUAAAACGUAUUGUAUUGUUCUUGUCAAAUUUUUGCAUUGGCAAUGAUAUAUUAAGGCGAAGUUCAUUAGAAAUGCAGAUUAAUACUAUACAUUUUACCUCCCUUUACCUAUCAUGGAUGCGCAACAAUAAUAGAUAAUGGAAUAAUGAAUUUUGAUCCUGCAAAAUAAUGCAUUUCACCUGAAUACCAUAACUGACAUUUUCACGCGUGGCUACGUCACUCGAUAAAAUAUUGCAUAUGGCGUUCAGUCGGUGAAAUAUAUUUCGAUUUUACAUUCAAACAAACAAAUAUCCUCUAGACGUUUAAAGUCGGAGAUCAAAACAUGUUCAAACAAAAAUCCAUAAAUGAAUCUGAGUAAGUGUACUUUAUGUCUGAAUGUUCUGAAAGAUAAUAUGAUACGGUAAUAACAGUAUUUUGAUAUCAUGUUUUCACUUGACGUUUUUUAGUCUCUGUUUGAUGGCAAAUAAAAAUUGCUUUUAA